CCGCCACUGCAUCCUCGCAAUUCUUUUUUAUUCUUCCAACACAACUAAGCCUAUACACUGGUCUUCACACAUUCCGCGAUAGUACAUCAAAAGAUAUUCGAAACCCGGAAGAUAUUAAUCUAAAAAUGGCCGAUAGCGUGGAUCACGAAGCGCUGGUAAGCGAAUUCUGUGGCAUCAGUGGUGCAUCUCCAGAGCAGGCCACUCAAUACCUGCAAGCAAACAACUGGGACCUCGCCUCUGCGACAACAUCAUAUUUUCAGGACGAAGAAGAAGGUGAUGGUGCCUCUGCUCCUCAGGCUGCUGAUGCAUACACCGGGCCCAGAACGCUAGACGGCCGACCUGCUCCCGAUACUGCCAGAAGGGCGGCACCAAGCUCCUCUUCCCGGCAGAAGAAGAAGGGCAUCGCCACAUUGGGAUCCAUGGCUAGCUCUAGCCAUGCCCACUCUAGCCACGAUGACGACGACGAUUCGGACUCUGAUUACGAAGACGAAGGUCGAGGCAACCUGUUUGCUGGAGGCGAGAAAUCUGGACUAGCCGUCCAAGAUCCUACUCAAGAUAGUCGCCCUAAGAAGGUCAUCGAUGACAUUCUCGCUAGAGCUAACGCAAACACAGCCAGACCUGACGCGGAUGGUGAUAGCGAACCUCAACCCGACCGAUUCCGUGGAACUGGUAUGACUCUAGGAGGUGAUGGUGUUGAGAGCCGUAGCAUACCAGAUCCUUUGGCGCAUCUACCUAGCCACGGAGAACCGCAGGAAAGAAUUUUGCACCUCUGGCAAGAUGGAUUCAGCAUUGACGAUGGCGAACUCCGACGAUUCGACGAUCCUGCUAACCAGGAGGAUCUUCGCAUGAUCCGAUCAGGCCGAGCGCCCCUUCAUCUGAUGAAUGUCCGGCACGAUCAGGCUGUCGACCUGAAGGUGCAGCCGCAUGAUGAGCCAUUCACCCCACCUCCUAAGAAAUACAAGCCCUUCUCAGGUGCUGGAAACCGCCUGGGUAGCCAUGUUCCAGGAAGUGGCACAUCGACUCCUCAACCGUCUGCUUCUACUACGGCCCCAGCGUCGACUACGACCCCGAACGUCGACGAAUCGCAGCCCACUGUUACUAUCAGAAUCCAACUUCCUGAUGGAACAAGACUUCCGGCUCGCUUUAACACGACGAACACUGUUGGAGAUGUAUAUGCAUUUGUUCGCAAUGCGUCGGCGGAAACUAGGGAUCGUUCGUGGGUGCUGGCUACGACAUUCCCAAACAAGCAACACAGCGAUGAAAGCUUGGUCCUCAGCGAGAUGCCUGAAUUUAAGAAAGGAGGAACCGCUGUGGUUAAGUGGACUUGAGCCAAAAAUAAGGAGUAGUUUAGAAAGAAUUGCACCGGAUGGAUGCAAGCACGCUGAAUGACUGUAAAAGUAUGACUGCAUCAGAUAGAUGCUACUAGAAUUGAAUACGACGAAAAGGAUGAACCGUUGCCCAUAAAAAUAUACAAGUAAUUUACCAACUUUACUUUGUGAGAUGUGAUAUCUCUAAACUAUAAAUCAUGGUAUUCUAACGCCUAGACGCCUCGGUGAUUGUUAUUGUUGUUAUAAAGGUUUUAGCAGCCUGGUUUACGCCGAAGCCUGGGCUGGGGGCAGUGCUGGAGCAUCCAAGAACUUGAAGUGCUCAAUGGCAAUCUGGCAGUUGAGCAUGGCAGCGUUGAAACGAGCCUCACCCGGAGGCAGGACCACCAUCAAAUAGGUAUUGGUGGUGAAUUUCAAGAUGAACAAACUGAAACGCAUGCCUGCCUUGUGCUCCAUUCGCACAAACUGCUCAGCGUUGCGCGGUGUUCCUGUGAAGCGGGAUAUGCUCUGCUUGAAAUGUUUCAUAAUGUUGGACAUGCGCUCUAGUCGAUCCUCAGUCGGGUUUCGCAGGCCCUCUGCCGAAGUCCAUGAUGACACUGCCAAAAACGAGGUGCGCUCAAAGAGCAAGAUCUCCUCUGCCUCGAUUGCCAUUCCGAGAUUGGCCAAGUUCCGCUCAAUAACCGAAAGAUUGGGCACCAAAUCGUGGAUGAUGGACGCCCAGGCCUUGUAGAGACUCUGGUCCCAGAUGGACGUUGCAAACGGGGUGAGAUCAGAGGUGCUCAAGUCGCCGCCCACAGAGGUGACGUACUCUGCUGUCUUUUGGCGGAUCAGGCGCACGCGCUCGUCGUAGACGGACUCACGAGCCGUAGGGACCACCAGGUCCAUCUUGUGUAUGAGGAUGUAUAUCUUGGCUGAGGAGGAGUAUUGGAGGAGGGCGGAAACGAUGGAGACGUAUGUGGCUAGAUCACGGUCCACGUCACGAGACUCGAUGUCGAAGACGUAAAUGAGGACGCCGACGUUGGAGAAGACGUGGACUCGCUGUUGCGACAGGUAGUUUUCCAUAAAGGCUUCUUGGCCACCGCAGUCCCAUAGAUUCAGCGUCAGGUUGCCGAGGAACUUGACGUGCGAAAGGUCGAUGUCAAUGGUAGCUCCU